AUGGACGACAAUAGUUUCUUGGGCGCUUGCGCCAACGUCCACGACUUCCUUUCUAGGAACUCCGGCAAUUUCCACUUCGCCACAACCAUUGAGGAUGAUGCCCUCACAUUAUCAUUCUAUCCGUCAAAUUAUUCAUCCACAGACGACUCUGUUUCUCAAGGCUCUUCCUACCCACCCACACCUGCUUACUCUCCUGUACAGUGGACAUUUGCCACUGGACAGGAGGACCACAUAGUCUCACCGGCACAAGACCAAGUGCCCACCAAUGCUUUUGACACUUGCCUUGUUCCAAGUCCCUUUGGCUUGGAAGCCCUACCUGGACCUGGAUGCCACCUCAACAAGGACAGCGCGUCUAGUGAGGAGAGAGAUGAGCUUGGAGGUGACAGUGAGAGUGAGGAAGGUGGUGCUUCUACCCAAGGUGAAAUCUCUAUGCCUAACGGCACCCUUAACGAUUCUCACCAGUCAAAUGGCUCAUCUGUUUUACGCGACUCCUCCAAUCUAAACGCUACCCCAGUCUCAAACGGCCCAUCCGUUUCCAACGCCACAUCAGUCCUGAAUGGUAUAGCCAUUUCAGCUGAUGUCCCUGCAUUAACCAUUUCCAAUAUUCCUACCAUGCUAACUGUCCAAGACGCUUCUAGAGUGUCUGUUGAGGACAGAUCUAUCAGCACCAACACCACCUUACCUGCAGAAAGUGCAGAACGCUCUACUGUGUCCUUGGACACCAUACUAGAAGAUAAACCCGGUGAGCCGUCGCAUAUAGCAGGGUUCUAUGACGUGCUCAGCCGGAUCAUAGGAGAGGCAGGAUAUAGCCUGCACGACAACAACAACAACGACACCAUUGAGGACAACGUUGACAUGAAGGAUGGGACUACAAGUGAACAGGUACAGUCCGUCCCACUUGUAGACUCGUCCAACGUGUCCUCCAAAGCUAACAAAACACCACCUAUCCACGCCAAUUCGUUGGUUCGCUCUAGUGCUAUUGGAGAAGACAACGAACCAGUCGACAUCUACUUUGUCCGUCCCGCGCUAAACAUCGUCCAGCCAGGACAACCUUUGCCAACCGACAAUGUUCCACCCACGCCACCUUCUUCGACCGAGAGCUUUACUCCAGUCGACGACAUCCCAAAGCUCGAGCUACCAAAGCCCAACCUUUUUUCGAAAAUGACACCGUUCUACCAAGUACAUCUGUCCACCGUUCUCGAUGGCAUCUCGCCGAGAGACGCUAACACUUACCUUACAUCUGAAGUCGCUAGUUUUAGCGAUUUUCACUCUGUCUAUUUCCACCAUGUUGCCAAUGCUAUAGCGUCUUAUUGUUUCUGUCAGGACCAGCUAAUCUCUAUUGACUGGGAGGUAGAAUCCUACCAGAAUGAUGAUUACCCUGGCCAUAAAACGCUUACUGCUGGGAAUAUUGAUUUGCCUUCCGGAGCUCGCAUGCUCUCCGAAGCAUCCAAUAUGCUUCCGAUUUUAAAAUGUGACAAACGAAAUGUCAUUAAGAGCAAUCUACCUAAGUCUUUCUUUAUUGGGCGCUAUAACGAAGUUAAUCCAUUUAUAACCCCGCGCGAAGCACGACACUUCAACGCUAUCAUAGCAGUAGCCCGUUUCCAUGGAGAAGACGAGUUUGCAUCCAAACUCAAAGACUCUCUCCUCAUGCCUUUCCCCGACGAAGAUACUAUCGGCGCUAUGGCUGAAUGUGACCUUCUCGAUACCGGUUCGAACAAGCAGAUAAUUCAAUUCGCUCGGGACCGUGAUAAGGUCCUCAAUGUUAAACGCUCAUCAAUAGUAGUCAUAGCUACCUCGCCUUUUCGGACGGAAUAUUUCGAUGGUCCGUCCUCUCUUCCUUCAACCUGGUAUGAGCUCUCUGGUAUUGACUAUGAUGAAGAAGAUUUUAAGGGUUCCGAGAAAUGUACUCGAGCCCCAAGCAAAAUGGUCCGAAAGUUCUUCCUCUAG